AUGGAAAAACCUACUCCUCGUAUCAAUUCUCAAUUACGUGAAAAAUAUGUUGGUUCUACAGUUCGAAUUGCCGGUAAAGUUGUAUCUUUUUCUGGUGAUACUGCAGUGAUGAAUGCUACAGAUGGUGGUCAAGUACUUGUCAAACUAACAAAAGAAAGUCAAUGGGGAACACAAUAUGUUGAAGUGAUUGGACGUAUUGAAAAGGACUUUAGUGUAAUGGAAUUCAAGUCUUGUAAUCUUGGUGAUAACUUUGGUAAGAGAAAAUAA